AAAACACAAUCAAAGUAAACAAGGCCCAAAACCUCUCUGAUAGGAGUGAGAACUGAGAAGGUCUGGAGAUUCUGGACCGUCUGGUCUUUCUUCCGGCUCCCAUCAGUCGCCAGGACCAAACCCAGGAAGCAAAACUAUAGUAGGUUUUCAAGAAUUGCAGAAGUUAGCUCGUCGUGUGAACCAUGGACGAGUAGAAUUACGCCAAUUUCAUCCAUCUAACCGCCAUUGAAAGCAUGUAAGAAAGCUUGAGUACAACCUACGUGGUUCAGACGCCAACAAUUUGGGGUUUUUUUUUCCUUCGCCAUCAUAUUGAACAAUUCCACAUUCUCUUUCCCGAAACAAUGACCCCUGAUGGUUGAUACAUGUUCAAUUGGUUUAGUCCCUUGAUUACUGUAAUUGGUUCUGGAUUUGUUUUGGGUUUUCUCAAAUCCAAAAGCUCAAUAUGUGCAAGCUCACAUAUAGGCUGUAAGCUAACGUAUCUUGCACAAGUGAAAAGAUGAAGCGCAAGCGUGGUCACAAGAAAGGGAAACAAAAAAAGCACACUGCGUUAAUUGGAAAUGAACUGGUCCUAAAUGCUGUUGGCCUUAACACAGAAGAUAACUCAGGUUUUGAUGAUGUUGAUGGUGACCAAUUGGAUUAUGGAGUGGAAGUUAAAGCACCAGACUCCAUGGAACUUGAUCACCCUGUCAAACCUACAAGCACAGAUACUGAUGGGUUCAGUGAUAGAUCAGCUGGACGAUCUGGGCGUGGGCGUGUUAAGGUGAAACUCAGGUCUUCAAAAAUGUUGGAAUCCCAGCAUACUUCAGAUGCACAUACACAGAGUGACACAGACAAGAGUAGCCUACAAGUGGGCUUAGAGAAGGAACGAGAAGUUACUGAAAAGAUGGAAGAUAGUGCCAACUCAUUUCCUGAAGUGCAAUUUGCUCUUUCAGGGAAGUCAUCAAGGAAAACAGGAAGCAUAAAGAUAAAAUCCUCACGGGGCUUGCGUUCUUCAAAUGUAGUUCUAAACCAGGGCAAUAGUCCUGUAUACAUUCAGGAUGAAAAGACCACUCAGACUGUAUCAGACAAUGACAAGAUUGUGGAAUCAUUUAAAUCUAGAGAAUCACCAGAAGGCGGGCAAAAGUUACCUUUUCAGCAACCUCAAUACAAAAAGAAAGAACUGAAUGCUGCAUUGUCUGUGAUCAAGAAAGUCAUGAAAAUGGAUGCAGCUGAGCCCUUUAAUGUUCCUGUGAACCCUAUUGCCCUGGGAAUACCUGAUUAUUUUGAUAUCAUCGACACUCCCAUGGAUUUUGGCACAAUAUGCAGUAAUCUUGAACAAGGCAUUAAGUACAAGAAUUCAGAGGAUGUAUUUAAGGAUGUACAAUUUAUCUGGGGCAACUGUCAUAAAUAUAACAAUAAAGGUGAUUAUAUUUUGGACCUUAUGAAACGGGUGAAGAAGAACUUUACUAAGUACUGGACAGCCGCUGGUUUGUACACUGAUCAGCCGAAAAAAUCCACUGUUGAACUUGGGAACCCAGAUGCUUCCCUUGAUGAUCCUUGCUCAGAAGGCUUGUAUAUUGAAGAUGACCGUGGAAAGGACAAAGCUGUUGAAGCAAGUGGAAGAAAGAGAUAUAUGAUAAUAUCCCAACAAGAAAAUAUUGGAACACCUUCUUUACAUGCUGAAACAGAGAGCCUUCAGGUGGAGAAUAUUGCAUCAUCCAGUCAGGAAAAGAUGAAUGUGAAAGGAAGUCAUUUGAAACAUAAGAUGCGUCGCCGUUAUGGAAUCAACCACCACAAAGGUGACUGUCUCUGUGCUGUCUGUGUUGUAAGGCGGCGUAGGCAGGAGCGUGAAGGAAAUGGUCAAAUGGUUGAGAAUCAGACUGGAGUGACUGAUGGUGAUCUCUCUCAAGAGUUCAAGCAAGAGGGAGCCUCCCCCGUGGAAAAUCCUUACAGUGAGGAUACAUCAUCAAAUUUGGAGAAUUCAGCUGAACCUGAGGCAGAUGCUGAUAUUGAAGAACAAGGAGAUGAAGUGAAAUUGGAGACACCUGAGCAACAGUUCAGCCCCCAACUGGAGAUACAAGAGACGAGUGAGAAUGAGAUGGAAGUUCAAAAGAAAGAUGAGUUAGAAUCUUCUGACCUGUUACAGCAUGGUGAUGGAUAUGGAGAAGAACCCAAUCCACAUCCUCUGUCCCAAACAAUUCAUUCAGGUGCUAGAAAGAAUGAGAGAUCAUUGCAGCUCAAGGAAAAUGCUUCAGCAAUUGAACAGCAUGUUCAUGAUGCGCAAAGGAAGAAAGUGGAAUCCCAAGAGAGGCAACGGCGUACCAGAAUCUUGGAGGAACUUACUUAUCUUGAAAAUCCUUUGAUUUUGGAUUUAUGUGGGACUCUUUUCUCUAAAGAUCCCAGAUCCGUUUGGAGUGGGCCCCAUUCACUGUCUCGCUGCUACAAGUCGGUGAAUAGUGGGCGUGGUAUCCAUGAGGCUGUUGCAAUGUUUAUGAAGUAGUUCCAGCAAACCUCAACAACUGUGAGUGCUCAUUUCAUUGUGAAACAUCUUCAUAUGCAUACAUUAUAAGUAAACUAUUUAAGUUACCACCAGAACAGAAAAUCAUUUUAGCUGAAUGCAAAAGGUAUCUUUUUUAGAAGUUGGAACAACUGGUUUUUCUGGCGCAUUAGGAUUAGUUGCAAAAUGAGAGGAGAAAAGCAGAUCCAGACAAUCAAACUGGAUGGCUCCAUGUCCCGUCCAAUUAUAAAACUGAUUGAAACUCAUUUUGCCUUGGUCGAAUUGAAUUUGAAUAUGGAACGGGUACCAUUUCCAGACCUA